AUGCUUGGGCCCGCGUCGAGCGCGACGUCCAACGAGAGCUGUCCUGCUAGGCAAGCUGGAGACACCCUAUUCAAGACGAUCAAGGUUUGGAAGGCAACGGCGGGUCAGCGUCGCUGGACAGCGCCGGCCUCGCUGUUCAUGGCUGCGGCUGUCCGCCGGCUUGCACCAGGUUCACCCCCGGAUGUGCUCGACGUUCCCGCUGUUCCCGCGGUCGCGUUUAGGUGGCUAGGUACUCAAGGCAUCGUUGCCCUGCUCGAAGCUCGCCUGAAUGUGGCCGACCACGAAGACCACCCGGACUAUGCCCCAGUCCGCAUUGGCGUCCGAGAGGAGCCAAUCAGUAACGAGGAUGCCCCAGUACUCAUCCCCAGCUGCAUUGUUGGUGAUGCCCCAGUCCCCACCGAAGAUCCUACGGAGGAUCCACCGGCGCUGCCGAAGAAGCCGGUCAUUGUCAAUCAGCCGGUGUCUCUCGCGUUCCAACAUACCGCUGAUCAACAGGUCCAAGUCAAGGAGCCAGUCGGUGCCCAGAAUCUCCCGACCGUCAUGCAGGACGAGGAGCAGCCUUCCCCUCUACAGCGACUUCUCCAGCGGCUUCGGGUUCAUUUAGUCUGGUGCUUCCUGGAUCGCUCGCUUCUCCUACUCUGGUCUCGUCUUCGUUUCGAUCUGGUUCCGGGUCUUCGUUGGCUAGUACUGCUUUCUGCUCUUCUGGUCGCGAGCUUGCUCAUCGACCACCUCUUCGCGCCGUUGAUCAAGAAGCGUGAUGAUACUGAUGAGCUCGCCGUGGUCGAAAUGGUUGACGUGCCCGAGGACAAGGUCAAGAACAAGGGCAAGGGCUUUACCAAUGAAAGUGUCAUCCAGGAGUGCACAUUGAACUCGGCAUACCCUCCUAGCACUCGCAAGAAGCCUUCCAGUGCUGCUGCUCAGUCUGGUCCCAGGACAUCGACACCUGCUCAUUCUCACGGUGUCAUCCGCGGUACUGGCUCCGGUAUGCUUGUAUCUUCUGCUGGUUCAUCUGCUGGUUCUUCUGGAUCUCGUAGCCUCGGUGCUCCGUCUUAUACAUCUGGUUCUCUGGUUGAUUCUUCUGUCAAUGUUGCCAUGCCUCCUGCUCCCGCUUCUCGUGCGCCCAUCAAGAAGGCUCUUCACAAGCUGGCACUGAUGCCGGACGCGGCCGUUCAAUGUCAGCCGCUCAUCGCACAGUGUCGCAAGGCCAAGAAGCCGAAGAGGCGCAAGAAAUCCUCGGGUGCCCAAUGCCAACAGGAAGAACAUCCCAUCCGCUCUGGUUCACCUUCCUCCGUCAUAAUCGAUUGA